AUGGCAACGUUCAAACCUCGAUCGGUACUCAUUACCGGAGCGGCACGUGGCAUUGGCCUUGGCCUCGUCCGGCAGUUUAUUAAGCGCCCCUACCUGCAGCACAUCUUCGCUGGUGUAAGGGAUCCUGCAAAAGCUGAGGAUCUGAAGAAGAUCGGGGACUCACGGCUACACAUAAUUCAACUAGACAUUCUUUCGGACAGCGAUAUUCAAUCGGCGGUCAAAACGAUUGCUAAUACGGUGGGCUCGUCUGGGCUGGAGCUGUUAGUUAAUAAUGCAGCCGUCUUGAUCCCCUACCAAUUCAGGUCGCGAGCCACCAAAUCGAGCCAAUGU